AUGGCCGACAACGUCUCCGCUGCGACCGCUACCACCCUCCCCCCUCCUCCCCAAUCUUCUACGGUUGCCUCCAACCAGCAGUACGAUGCAUCUCAGGGCAACGGCCAAGCCAAUCCUUCCCACAUGCCACCACCUCCCCGCCCGCCCGUGGUGAUCCCACAAAACACCAAUCCAAUCCCGACCGCCAUCACAUCGCCCAUGUCUGGCAAUAUGAUGUCUCCGACCAGCGCUGGUGGCUUCGUGCGUCGGGCGGCCCCUGAGCCAAACAAGAGGGCCCUUUAUGUCGGUGGCCUCGAUCCCCGAGUGACUGAGGAUAUCCUGAAACAAAUUUUUGAGACUACCGGUCAUGUUGUUAGCGUCAAGAUCAUCCCCGACAAGAACAAGUUCAACAGCAAAGGUUACAACUACGGCUUUGUCGAGUUUGAUGACCCCGGUGCUGCUGAGAGAGCGAUGCAGACGCUCAAUGGGCGCCGUAUCCAUCAGUCGGAAAUUCGUGUCAACUGGGCCUACCAAUCCAACAAUACGAACAAGGAGGACACCUCGGGCCAUUUCCACAUCUUCGUUGGUGAUCUGAGUAAUGAAGUAAACGACGAGGUGUUGAUGCAAGCCUUCUCUGCCUUCGGUUCCGUGUCUGAGGCUCGGGUCAUGUGGGAUAUGAAAACUGGUCGCUCCCGAGGAUAUGGUUUCGUUGCAUUCCGUGACCGCUCCGAUGCCGACAAGGCUUUGAACUCCAUGGAUGGGGAAUGGUUAGGCUCGCGUGCAAUCCGUUGUAACUGGGCCAACCAGAAGGGUCAACCUUCGAUCUCUCAGCAACAGGCCAUGGCCGCAAUGGGCAUGGCACCCGCUACGCAGUAUGGCCAUCACAACUUCCCUACCCACGGCAUCCAGAGCUACGACAUGGUCGUCUCACAAACCCCGCAGUGGCAGACCACGUGCUACGUGGGCAACUUGACCCCUUACACCACGCAGAACGACCUGGUGCCACUCUUUCAGAACUUUGGCUACGUGCUCGAGACUCGUCUGCAGGCGGACCGUGGAUUUGCCUUCAUCAAGAUGGACUCGCAUGAGAAUGCGGCCAUGGCCAUCUGUCAGCUCAAUGGUUACAACGUCAAUGGACGCCCUCUGAAGUGCAGCUGGGGCAAGGAUCGUCCUCCUACUGGCCAGUUCGACAACUUCUCUGGCCAGCAGGCCAGCUCACCUUUCAACUCUAGUCCCACUCCGUACUUUCCUCAGUACGGCGGUCCUGGGGGACCCAUGACCCCUCAAGGCCCCAACCCAGCCGGUAGAGGAUGGGACCAAUCCGGAAUGGGUGGUCAAGGCUACGGCCAAGUUCCUGGCAACGCAGGAUACGGCCGCGGCCAAGGCGCCCCAGCCUCUGGGUGGAACCAGCCAAACAAUGCCAAUUUCGGCAAUGGCUUCGGUGGCUAUCAAGCGUAG